AUGAUAGUGUUUUAUCUAUUACAUCUUUUACAUGCUUUGUCUCGUCUUUUCGUAAGUUACAAAGACAUGAACAAGAUUGAUAUUCCAAAUGAGUCAACAUCUGCACUAUGCACUUGGUCGACAGAUCUGUCAAAGACGAACCCAAUCAUAUCUUCCAUUGAUCCUUCCGAGAACAGUGAUAUUCAACAACAGACUGAACAUGCGAUAUCCUCUGAGAGUGUUAUUCAAGAUUUGUCCAAUUUUCAUUCCCAUAACGAUCAGACAACGAAAUUGAUUUCUCCUAUUGACAAUCAUGCUAUGGAUGAUUACGAACUCGAAACGUUGGCUCAGUCUCUUGGUGGUAUAUCAUUAGAACCAUCCACAACCAAGACUGUAUUGACACAUGGACUUGAUGACUAUAUUAUAGAAGAUCCUCUAUCAACUGCACAAAGUUCAAAUCAACAUUAUGACACUCAAGGAACUCAGCGAACAAAGAAAUUUAUGGAACAUCAGUCGAACAGAAGAAGUAAAUGUUCGACAAUAGAAAACAAAACCAAAGGUCAAAAUCUAAGGCAUCAGCAAGUUCUCAAGAAUGGCGAAGAAAACGGACGAGGAUCUGUUGUAGCUGGAAACCACCUUUUCAGGAACGCACUAAAUGGUGCGCUUAGUAACAAAUCUCGAAAUUCAACACAACCUGUUCGUUCACAAGCACCCAACAGUGCUCGACGAAUAGAUAGAUUUAGUGAAUGGAUGUGCUCACGGUGUCCUGAACAUUCGUUAUGGCACAAUGUUCAAUAUCGGAUAGCUCUUUUGAAAUACCUAGGUAGAAUUUAUGAACAAAGACACUACGUGACAGAACUGUACAAUCGGCUAAGCAAAGAAAUGACAAAGCUCGACGAAUUAGACUUUUUACACGAAUUAAUUGAAAAAACAAAAGAACGACACGCAACUAGCGUGUCCAUCAGUAAAUGGGAAGAUAAGUCUCGAAUCCAUCAACGAGUUGAUGAUCUGAAAUGUAUAUUUGAAUUCAGCAGUAAAUCUUUAUGGUCCAACAGUAAAUUUAUCGUAGAACCAUCAAAUAUAAAUCAGAUUAUAGAUAAGGAAUCUAUUAGAUCCUAUUUUGAUUUUGGUUGUGGUGACGGUAGUAUAACAGCUGCCGUUGGACGUUAUCUAGGUUUAUCUAACGAUUCCAUUUUCGGUGCUGAUGUUUACGAAUGUGACCAUUCAGAUAUUAAAUUUAUCAAACUGAAUGAAAAUCAAGCAAAUAUUCAGCUUCAAGACAACUGUAUUGAUCUUAUUACUUCAUUCGUUACAUUUCACCAUGUCUCUAAGAUUGAACAAACAUCCAGUGAAUUAGCUCGAAUUCUCCGUCUCGGAGGUUAUCUGAUCAUUCGAGAGCACGAUUGUAAAACCGAUUAUUUACCUGAAACUAAGUAUCUGAAUUUUGUUCAUGCUAUCAUGAUGAUUGCUGGAGUGGGAGAAUUUGCAAAUUCAGCGAAAAAUGAUGUGGAAAGAAAUCAACUAAACAAGGCAGCUGAUUGGGAGGAGCAAAAAUGGUAUAUUAUUCAAUAUGCCAAAAGCAUUCGUUAUCGAACAGGUGAAGAAUGGCAAGCAGUACUUGAAAAUGUUGGUUUUCGCCAUCGUGCGACACUGUCAUAUGGUAAAGAUGGAUCGAGCAAUCCUCAACGCUUAUUUUAUGCUGUUUACCAGUUGGAAAAACGUGUAUUCGAUGUUCACAAAUGA